CCAAGCGAGCGGGCGGCACCCUCUCCUGAUCUGGUCUCCUGCCACCCGCCGCCGCGGGGGACUGCUCUCGCAGGAUCUCGCGGCAUCGGGCUUGGGCGGCUCGCCGGAGGUGGGCGGGGUGGGGCGGGGCGAGGGGCGGCGUGAUCCGGUGAUUGGGAUGAGAGAGGGGCGGCGGAGGAGAUGAGCGGCUCGGCGGCGUCGCUGGGGAUGCGGUCGGGGAGCUGCGGCUCCCUCGCGUCGGCCGGCGGCGGGAGGAAGGCCCCCGCUAGGGGAUGGGGGUGGCGGAGCGGGGAGAAGGAGCGGCUGCAGCUGCUCCACCGGGUUCUGCGGCUGGUGGGCCGCCGCAGGGCUGGCGUGCUGCUGCUGCUCGCCGCUGCCUCCGCCGCUGUCUUCUGCUCCAUCUUCGCGGUCGUCAAAGAUGACAGUGCUUCAAUGAUCAUUGCAAAUAACUAUGAAGUCCUGAAUACUAUACAGAAUUCUGUGUACCCCAGCAUGACUAGGCCUCUAAUGACAUCCAGCGACCAAUACUCUGCUAGUAGCGUCAACAAAACUGAACUUCCAAACCGGCUUCAUCUUUCAUUUGCAAACUUCACACAUCAUCCUUGUGAAGGUUUCUCAGUUGCUCCACCCUUGGUUGAUCCGAAACGCACUGGACCACGACCAUGCGCUGUUUGCUAUGUCUCUGUAGACCAGGCGUUUGCACUAAUGCCUCUACAACCUUCACCAUCUCCUGUCCUUAAGAACUUAAGUUACGUAUCUGAAGACAGCAUCACCGCAAAUUUGUCAAAUCAGGGCUCUGUAUUUGGUGGGCAUCCAUCUCUGGAGCAGAGAAAUAAAUAUUUUGACAUUAAUGAGUCAAUGACUGUGCACUGUGGCUUUGUUAGAGGAAAGAAACCUGGCCAAGGUUCUGGGUUUGAUAUCAACGACGAUGAUUUGUUAGAGAUGGAGCAAUGCCGUGAGCUGGUUGUAGCUUCUGCAAUUUUUGGGAAUUAUGAUAUGAUUCAACAACCAAGGAAUGCCAGUGAAUUUUCAAAGGCAAAUGCAUGUUUUUAUAUGUUUGUAGAUGAAGAAACAGAGGCUUAUAUCAAGAAUUCUAGUGCAGUGUACAGAAAUAAUAAAGUUGGUUUGUGGAGGCUAGUAGUUGUUCGAAACCUCCCAUACGAAGAUUCAAGGCGUACGGGGAAGAUUCCCAAACUUCUGCUUCAUAGGCUUUUUCCAAAUGUGAGAUUUUCGGUCUGGAUAGAUGCAAAGCUUAAGCUUGUUGUAGAUCCUUAUCUACUGCUUGAGAGGUUUUUGUGGAGGAAGAACGCUACUUUCGCUAUCUCCCGGCACUACAAACGCUUUGAUGUAUUUGAAGAAGCAGAAGCUAAUAAAGCUGCUGGGAAGUAUGACAAUGCAUCGAUUGAUUAUCAAAUAGAGUUUUACAGAAACGAGGGCCUAACACAUUAUACAACUGCUAAGCUUCCUAUUACAAGUGAUGUCCCUGAAGGUUGUGUCAUCAUCAGAGAACACAUUCCCAUCACAAAUCUCUUCACAUGCCUUUGGUUCAAUGAAGUCGACCGUUUCACCUCCAGGGAUCAAAUUAGUUUCAGCACCGUCCGAGACAAAAUAAGGGCUAGAGUUGACUGGAUGCCUCAAAUGUUCCUGGACUGUGAAAGACGCAACUUUGUUGUUCAGGCAUACCACAGGGAGCUACUAGAGCAAAUGAUUGCGUCUGGUUGGAAGCCCCCUCCAGUGGCUAGUGAGCUAUCUCGAAAUCUCAGACCAGGUAGCAGGAAAGCCCCUCCAUCGAAGAAGCCUUCCAUGAAGCGGAAAAGGGGGAAGAAAUCGAGCUCACGGAGGCGUCUCCCAAAACCAACCACUGGGAUGACUGAUGUUACUAUGGGCUUAUGAUCCAGGGCUCCCCUUGACACAGUUCACUAUGCUGGAGCCUGGAGUGCCAGAUGAUUCCAUUAGGACAGAGGGCUUGUAGUUUUUUGCCCCAAUGAUAUUUGUUGAUAGCUUAUUCUUCAUUGUUGGUGUAAAUAACAGAGGAAAGCAAUAUUAUUAAAUCAUUUUCAAUGAGCAA